AUGCCCGGUACGCAGACACCACCCUCCCCACGGCGAGCGUUUACGCCUGCAGAGCUCUUCCAAGGUCUGCAAGAGCUCGAUAAACGUCUCUACCGACAAUUCGGCAACGUACCCAAGGUCAAGAUCGUCGUCGCCGGUGGGUUCGUCGUAUGCUCUCGAUGGUGUACACGACCAACAACGCGAGGUUGCGACUACAUCCGACCGAAAGCGCCUGCACCGCCCGACUUUAAGUGGACGAUGUGGCAGAUGAGUCUAUGUAUCGCCCAUCAGUGGAACUGGACUACGGAUUGGUUCAGCGACAAGUUUUCGAUGUUCUUGCCUGAGGACGAGAACGAGGAGCCGAGCCAGAAGUUCUUGGACGAAUGCAUCCAGCAAGGAGCGAUCGUAUUCGAUGGUCAAGUCCUGCAGGCAUUCGCCGUCAAGUGGGAAUGGGCACUGGCGAGCACGAUCGACCGCGUAUACGACGAGGAAGUCCGCGCACCAUCACAUUGUCUCCAGGACGGGGUAUUCUUCCUGCGAGAGCUCAUCCUCAGGAGAUCCGGCAAACCGAUCAAGUGGAUCGAGUUCCGUAAACUGUGCUCUGCGUACUACGACAUCCAUCCUCUGCACCUUGCCGAGGCAGCGCGCUACCUGGCUAUUGCGUACGAGAAACAAUUUGGGACUGUGGCUAUCCUCAUCUCUUGAUGGGUUGUACGCUGGAGAAGUUCCUGAGCGAUAUGUAGCGUUACCGACGUCUAUGCCUAAUGUGUAGUAUAACACCGAAGCAACCUAAUUCG